AUGAGGAAAUUGUGUCCCAAUCUUGACAAAGAAGAUGGGCUUGAUACGGUAUUGGAAGUGCCCAUCCCGGAAGAAAUGUUCACAAAGAUGGGGAGCACUGCAGCCCACAGAUGGCAGAAUAUGCGGAACCUGAUGAAGGCUCAGCGAUUGGAUAAACAGUCUGCAUAUACCACCGCUGCUUCAAGAAAUGAUCAUUUCACGUUACUGUUAAAACUCGUUGGCUCAGCUUUCAUUCCUUUCCAGGCUCAGCUUGACCACGCAAUCAUUUUGCCUAUUAAGGAUGGUUCCAUCGAAGCUUCCACAGCAAAAUAUAUUGUACAGCAAUAUUUAGCAGCAACAGGCGGCCAUGCUGUACUAAAUUCAAUCAAUAGCAUGUAUGCUGUGGGGCAAGUGAGCAUGGUCACGUCAGAUGAGCCUGAGAACUGUCAAAACGCAAACGCUAAACCUAAGCGCGGUCGUGAAGUUGGCGGCUUCGUUCUUUGGCAAAAGAACCCUGAUCUUUGGUACCUUGAAUUAGUUGUUUCUGGCUGCAAUGUAAGUGCCGGAAGUGAUGGGAAAGUGGCAUGGAGUCAAUCAUCUUCAACUUCAACUGCCUCAAAAGGUCCCCCAAGACCUCUUCGUAGAUUCUUUCAGGGCUUGGAUCCCAGAUCAACAGCCAACUUAUUCCUAAAGGCGGUUUGCAUCGGCGAGAAGAAGAUCAACGACGAAGAUUGUUUUGCGCUCAAGCUGGAGACAAAUUCAGACAUCCUCAAGGCUCAAAGUACCCCGAACACAGAAAUCGUCCACCACACAAUCUGGGGAUACUUUAACCAGCGGACAGGGCUUCUCGUUAAGUUCGAGGAUACAAAGCUGGUGAGAAUGAAGGCUGCAAAGGGGGAUGAUAACGUUUUCUACGAAACGAGCAUGGAAUCGUUCCUGGAAGAUUAUAGAUAUGUUGAAGGCAUUAACAUAGCACAUAGUGGAAGGACUAAUGCAACAAUUUAUCGGUACGGGUCCAAAUUGAAUCGAAAAUGGAAAAUUGAGGAGACAUGGAGGAUUGAAGAGAUUGACUUCAAUAUAUGCGGUUUGUCCUUGGAUUGUUUCUUGCCCCCUGCUGAGGUCAAGAAAGAGAUGGAACAAGAAGAGCAAGGGAUGGGAUGACGGUAUACUGUUUUCAGGUGAAACAAGCUGUAUUAACUCCAAAUUGCUUGUACAUAUAAAGUGAGUGGCAGAUUACAUUUUUAUUCAAGUUGUAUUGAC